AUGUUGCUCUCGACCACCGUGGCGCGUCCCCUGCAGCUGCUCACCCGGUUCAUGCAAUGGGCCAGCGCAGUCAUCGUGAUGGGCAUCACCUCCUACUUCAUCCACCGGGGUCCGCGCGGCCAGCACAUCAUCUACGAUGAGGUUAUUUCCACCAUCUCCGUCGUCUUCUUUCUCCCGGCCUUCGUCUCGCCGUUCAUGCCCCACGCCCUGAGCAAGUUCGUCCUAGCGAUUGACGUGAUCUUCUCCUACCUAUGGCUCACCUCCUUCAUCUUCGCCGCCCAAGACUACAACUGGCACAACUGCGCCGCCAACGCUCCCCCGGGGGCCUCCUGCGCCCUGAAGAAAGCCAACGAGGCCUUCAUCUUCCUCACUUUCAUCUUCACCUUCUUCGCCAUCUUCCUCGAAGUCGGCGCCCUCUGGGCCUACCGCCGCGAGAACGCCGCCCCCGUCCGCGAGAAGAACACGGGCGGCGCGCACGGCGGGCCCGCGGAUGCGCCGCUCGCUGCGUCGGCUUAG